AUGGCAGCGCCAAAUUCCGAGUGUGAUUCCAAGGAAAAUUCUCAGAAACCGAAUCCGGAAACAUUCCAGUUAUUUUCCUCCUCCGUAGGUUCUGGUUUCGGAUUCUUUGACGAUGUUUCACAACAAGUUAACGCUAUACCUCCUCCUCCUUGUGUUGAAGUUCUCGCUUCUGACUCCAAGGUUCCUUUAUUUGGAAAACCUAAAUUUGAGUCUGUGGAUUUUGAUGGGGUUACUUUGUUAAAGGGGCGAGUGAAUACUCAACAAGUGUUUGGUUUAUCCAACUCUGAUUUGGUUCCGGGUAAAUAUGAAGGAGGACUGAAGCUGUGGGAAGGUUCGCUUGAUUUAAUUAAAGCCCUUCGUUCGGAAAUUAAAAGUGAGCUUAUUUCAUUUGGUGGGAAGCGAGUAUUAGAGGUUGGAUGCGGUCAUGGACUGCCUGGAAUCUAUUCUCUGCUUGAGGGUGCGGCUGUUGUACAUUUCCAAGAUUUCAAUGCAGAGGUCCUACAGUCUCUCACCAUUCCCAAUUUAAAUGCAAAUUUUUCCGAAAAAUCUCAACCAUCAUCGUCACCUUUAGCAAACGACGCGCCAGAAGUUCGUUUUUUCGCUGGUGACUGGAGCGAAAUCGAUAAACUGCUCCUUCCAGUUGGUACAGAUGCAACACAGAUUAAAGAUUCUGGUUAUGAUUUUAUUCUCAUGGCAGAAACAGUUUACGCAAUCAGCAGUCUUCAAAGUCUCUACAAUCUUAUCAAGAAGUGUUUGAUACAUCCUCACGGAGUUGUAUACAUGGCUGCAAAAAAGUAUUACUUUGGAGUCGGUGGAGGAUCUCGGAGAUUUCUGUGUGUUGUGGAAAAAGAUGGUGUUAUGACUAGUAAACUGGUUGCUGAAAUUACAGAUGGUUCAUCUAAUGUGCGUGAAGUGUGGAAGCUUACAUUCAAGUAG